AUGUCUCUUUCUAUUAAGAUUUUUUUUCUUCUUUACUUGAGCUGCCUCACAGUUUCCUGCUUUGCAGAGCAAACUUCAACCUUGAUUGUAGAUGCUAAAGGAUCUGUGAGAAAAAUUCCAGAUACUUUCUUUGGAGCAUUUUUUGAGGAGAUCAAUCAUGCAGGAGCUGGGGGAUUGUGGGCUGAGCUGGUGCGGAAUAGAGGUUUUGAAGCUGGAGGCCCCAACGUUCCCUCAGAUAUUUAUCCCUGGUCAAUUAUUGGAGAUGAUUCAACCAUACUCGUCUCAACUGAUCGUAGCUCUUGCUUUGAGAGAAAUAAAAUCGCAUUGCGUAUGAACGUUCUUUGUAAUCAAUCUAAUCCUUGCCCCGCUGGUGGUGUUGGCAUCUCAAAUCCUGGUUUCUGGGGCAUGAAUAUUGAGAAAGGGCAGAAGUACAAAGCAGUCUUCUAUGUCAAAGCACGUGGUGGACUUGAUCUAGACGUUUCGUUUGUUGGAUCUGAGAGAGGUGAAAAGUUGGCUUCACAAAACUUUAGAGCUCCCGGACAUAAUAUUUCAAUGUGGACAAAGAUGGAGACUAUAUUGGAAGCCAAUGAUACAAAUCGUAAUGCAAGUCUUCAAAUAACAACAAGCAAUACAGGAGUUGUAUGGUUAGACCAAGUGUCUGUUAUGCCCUUAGACACAUUUAAGGGUCAUGGUUAUCGAAAGGACCUUUUUCAAAUGGUGGCAGACUUGAAACCAAAAUUUUUCAGAUUCCCUGGUGGCUGUUAUGUUGAAGGAAAUUAUCUAAGAAAUGCAUUUAGGUGGAAAGACACGGUUGGACCAUGGGAGGAGAGACCAGGACACUUUAAUGAUGUAUGGAAUUAUUGGACUGACGAUGGAUUUGGUUUUUUUGAGGGACUCCAAUUCGCUGAGGAUGUUGGUGCAUUGCCAGCAUGGGUGUUUAACAAUGGUCUCAGCCUUAAGGACGAAGUUAAUACAUCUGCCAUAGCACCUUUUAUCCAAGAAGCUCUAGAUGGAAUCGAGUUUGCUAGAGGUUCUCCCAAAUCACAAUGGGGAUCUCUUAGGGCUUCCAUGGGACAUCCUGAGCCAUUUGACUUGAGAAUUGUUGCCAUUGGAAAUGAAGAGUGUGGCAUGUCUAAGUAUCAAGCAAACUAUCUCAAAUUUCACACAGCCAUAAAACAAGCUUAUCCAGAUAUUCAGAUAAUCACAAAUUGUGAUGGUUCUGAGAAACCGUUGGAUCAUCCAGCUGACCUCUAUGAUUUUCAUAUUUAUACAAAUGCUAAAGACAUGUUUUCAAAGUCUACCAAAUUCGACGACGCACCACGAUCUGGUCCAAAGGCGUUUGUUAGUGAGUAUGCUGUUUGGAAGGAUGAUGCUGGAAAUGGAACUCUUCUGGCUGCUGUGGCUGAAGCUGCAUUUCUUAUUGGACUAGAAAGGAAUAGUGACGUCGUUCACAUGGUCAGUUACGCGCCACUCUUUGUAAACACAAAUGACAGAAGGUGGACACCGGAUGCAAUUGUAUUUGACUCUCACCAGCAUUAUGGAACUCCUAGUUAUUGGGUUCAACAUCUUUUUAGUGCUUCAAGUGGAGCCACUUUGCUUAAUACAACACUUCAAAAUUCUACUGACUCCCUAGUUGCAUCAGCAAUUGAGUACACAAACCCUGAGGACAAGAAGAACUACUUGAAAAUAAAAGUUGUAAACUUUGGAAGUGAUCCCCAGAACUUUAGGUUUUUUAUAAGUGGACUGGCUUCAAAUGUGCAGCGAUCUGGAGCAGCUAAGACAGUGCUCACUGGGCCUAACGUAAAAGAAGAGAAUUCCUUCUCAGAACCAAAAAGGGUUGCGCCACAACACACUUCACUUGAGGUUGCUCAUGGGGAUAUGAAUGUUGUACUUUCUCCUUAUUCGGUUACAUCAUUUGAUAUAUUAAAGUAGAC